AAAUACGAUUACAUGUUUUUUAUUUUUUAUUAGAGUUAGCGGGGCAUGAGCCGGUUUCCAUAUUUCCAUUGUUUCAUUUUUCAUUGUUGAUUGUUCGGGAAUUGUUCGAUUGUUGCUGUUUGUAUUGAAAUCAAGUUUAAUCUAAUAAUAAAAUGGAAGUAAAACAAGAAUUUAAUGAGGAGACGUCUAAAAUAGAAAUAGAGUCUAACGACUUAGAUCAUGAUGAUGCUCUUCUAGAUCUAGAUGUCUUUAAGUGUGAAAUUAAGGAAGAAUCUAAUAGCAAAAGUACACAUGGCACAUGUGAUAAUUUAGACUUAAAGGAAAUUCCUACAAAUGAAAUACACCAAGAGAGAAAUAAACUAAACCCGUUUGAAGAAAACCAACAAACUGAAAAAGGCUUUAAAUGUGACAUUAAGGAGGAAUCCAAUACCCAAAGUACACAUGACGCAUGUGAUUAUUUUGACUUAAAGGAAAUUCCUAGAAAUACUGAAAUACACCAAGACGGAAAUAAACUAAACCUGUUUGAAGAAAACCAAAAAACUGAAAAAGGUUUUACUCAGGAGGAGAAUAAAAUAGGAGGUAUGGAAACAGUUUGUGAACAUUCAUCCCACAACCAACACUAUUCGAGUCGACACGCCAAAGGAAAAACUGUAAAUAAAAAUAUAAAAGUUCAGACUAGAGAGGGACCUUACAAAUGUGAGAUUUGUUUCAAACAGUUUUCUAAAACACAUUAUUUGAAACAACAUUUAAGAAGGCACACUGGAGGAAAACCUCACAAGUGUGAAAUUUGUUUUAAGCAGUUUAUUGAAGCAGGUGAUUUGAAAAAACAUUUGAGAGUGCACACUGGAGAAAAACUCCACAAGUGUGAAAUUUGUUUUCAGCAGUUUAGUGAAACAAGUACUUUGAAAAGACAUUUGAGAGUGCACACUGGAGAAAAACCUCACAAGUGUAAAAUCUGUUUCAAGCAGUUUAGUCAAGCAGGUACUUUAAAAAAACAUUUAAGAGUGCACACGGGAGAAAAACCUCACAAGUGUAAAAUCUGUUUCAAGCAGUUUAGUCAAGCAGGUACUUUAAAACAACAUUUAAGAGUGCACACGGGAGAAAAACCUCACAAGUGUGAAAUCUGUUUUAAGCAGUUUAGUCAAGCAGGACAUUUGAAAAAACAUUUGGGAGUGCACACUGGAGAAAAACCUCACAAGUGUAAAAUCUGUUUUCUGCAGUUUAGUCAAGCAAGACAAUUGAAAAAACAUUUGAGAGUGCACACUGGAGAAAAACGCAAGUGUGAAAUUUGUUUUCAGCAGUUUAGUGAAACAAGUACUUUAAAAAGACAUUUGAGAGUGCACACUGGAGAGAAACCUCACAAGUGUAAAAUCUGUUUCAAGCAGUUUAGUCAAGCAGGUACUUUAAAAAAACAUUUGAGAGUGCACACGGGAGAAAAACCUCACAAGUGUGAAAUCUGUUUUAAGCAGUUUAGUCAAGCAGGACAUUUGAAAAGACAUUUGGGAGUGCACACUGGAGAAAAACCUCACAAGUGUGAAAUUUGUUUUAAGCCGUUUAUUGAAGCAGGUGAUUUGAAAAAACAUUUGAGAGUGCACACUGGAGAAAAACCUCACACGUGUGAAAUCUGUUUUAAGCAGUUUAGUCAAGCAGGACAUUUGAAAAAACAUUUGAGAGUGCACACUGGAGAAAAACUCCACAAGUGUGAAAUUUGUUUUCAGCAGUUUAGUGAAACAAGACAAUUAAAAAAACAUUUGAGAGUGCACACUGGAGAAAAACCUCACAAGUGUGAAAUCUGUUUUCAGCAGUUUAGUCAAGCGAGACAAUUGAAAAAACAUUUGAGAGUGCACACUGGAGAAAAACUCCACAAGUGUGAAAUUUGUUUUCAGCAGUUUAGUGAAACAAGUACUUUGAAAAGACAUUUGAGAGUGCACACUGGAGAAAAACCUCACAAGUGUAAAAUCUGUUUCAAGCAGUUUAGUCAAGCAGGUACUUUAAAAGAACAUUUGAGAGUGCACACGGGAGAAAAACCUCACAAGUGUGAAAUCUGUUUUAAGCAGUUUAGUCAAGCAGGACAUUUGAAAAGACAUUUGGGAGUGCACACUGGAGAAAAACCUCACAAGUGUGAAAUUUGUUUUAAGCAGUUUAUUGAAGCAGGUGAUUUGAAAAAACAUUUGAGAGUGCACACUGGAGAAAAACCUCACAAGUGUGAAAUCUGUUUUAAACAGUUUAGUCAAGCAGGUACUUUAAAAAAACAUUUGAGAGUGCACACGGGAGAAAAACCUCACAAGUGUGACAUCUGUUUUCAGCAGUUUAGUCGAGUAGAAAAUUUGGAAAGACAUUUGAGAGUGCACACUGGAGAAAAUAUUUGCCAAGUAUGAAAUUUGCUUUACUUAGUUUACUAUAAUAACGGAUUAAAUAAAACAUUUGAGAUAGUGUGUAGAUGUCUUUACGGUUUGUUAAAGACACGAUUUACAAAAAAAACAUCCAAAUUACUGAACCUGCGUUUCUUCUAGUGCUGAGCACAACAGUCUAAUCCAAGCUCACGGUUUCUCUAAAUGAACGAACAGUCCAACGUUUAGCCAAUUCUUCGCAAUGAUAGAAAGAGUGAACAUUUGGCUACUACAAGCGGGUAACUUUUCUGAUGGCUCUUCUGAAAACUGCUCAAGUUAGAUACCAAUAAAAAAGGGAAAGUUAAAUGCCACUGAUCAGCAAUAGAAGACUUAAUCAAGGGGUCUCCAUAUAAAGAAAUUCUAUCACUGAAACGAUAAGUCCCAUAAUCGGAAAAAGUGUUAGUGUCAAAUGUUAAACCAAUUAACCAGUAAAAGUUUACUACAAAAAUUAACAUAAAUAUAAAUUUGUUAUUCAGGUAUAUGUAUUGUAGCAGGGGAGGCAAGGAUGCUAAAUUUGCAGUUACUAAAGCCUUAUGGGGACCUAUUGGGUUGUGAAUAUUAGGUCCUAAAACAGAAACAGUUAAGUUAUGUUUUCCAUUUUAGUGCUGACUUUCCAUUUUUUAAUUUAAUUUUUAAUUUCCAACAAUCUUUUUCCGAUUGUAGCGCCAUCUAUCCAUAAUUCGAAAAAAUGUCUCGAGUAAAAGUUUUUUGCCAAAUCUGCAAUAAAAAAUCUCCUAUUUAAGAUUUUAAAGUAACCCCUACCCUACCACCGUGGGUGGUCGUGUUUAAUGUUAUUCGAUAGAUGUUUAAAAAAUAUUGGACACGUAUUUUUAGAUUUUUUUUUCGUACCCCCUUAACAAACUCCCCUGUAUUAAGAGUUCAUAUAUGGUAGGGGUACAUUUACAGGGUACAAGGUUUCUUUCUGUGAUUUUUUGACUCGCUCGAGUAACUAAAAAUCUCCUCUUGGACUCCCCUACCAUUACGAAAAAUAUGCCCGAAUGUUUUAAAAAUAAUGUAGUAAUUAGUGGAAACCAAGCAUUAUUUAAUUUCAGAAUAUAUUUUCAAAAAUC